AUGAAACCCCCCCUGGUGGUGUGCUUUCUUUUUCUGAUUGUGGGUGCCAAAACAGCGUGGGGUGUGCGGACACGCAACGCCGUCGACCCAGUUUACGGCGGCGGGGGAGGAGUUAUUGAGGGAGAAGGCGCUUCCACCGAUAGGAACGGUGGUAGCACAGGCGAUGAGGAAAGGAUAAAUGAUAGCUCAGGAGGAGACGCCCACGAUGGGAACGGUGACAACGGAAGAAAUGCCCAAUAUAAAGGCAAUGUUAAUGGAGGACACUCUGGAGUUGAAGUGAGCCCGAGUAACCAAGCAAACGUGUGUUCCUGUGACUUCACAGAAAGAUUGAACUUCAUUCCGCAAGAAAAAACCAAAGUGGUUUGCAACCUAAACCCACACCAUGGAGAAGAAGUGAAAAUAUGGGUCAAUAAAGAAUACGAUGUGAAGUGCUUCCAAAACUCUCGAGUCUACUGUCCGCUAAAAGACUACAUAAUGAACAACACAGACAUUGUUACCUUUUCCCCCAAAUUGAAAUACAAUAUACAUGACGUAGUGCAUAGGGAUAGGGAGGUAAAGGAGUAUCACCUACAGAUUGACAAAGAUGCAAGUGACAUUUUGUUCUUCUGUUCAAUCAAACCUAAACAGGUGUCCGAAUUACUAGAGGGAGAAGUCAAAAUAAAUUUGAAGAGAGAAAUUACUGAGCAAUAUUCAGUAGCAGCUGAAGAUGGAAUACAUGUGUGUGAUUUUUCUAAAGGCAAUUUAGACAUUUCUCCAUCAGCAGGAUUCAAUUAUAAAAAUGACAGAUCGGUUAGUUGUAUUUACCUUGUUAUUCCGAACAAAUUAUUUUUAAUUAAAUUACCCAAAUUAGAUAUUGUGACAAAUCAGCUUCUGCCCACUUUGGUUAACUGCUUAUCUGAAUAUUCUUUUAUUAAUUUUAAUUUGAAACAUGCGGAAGAAACGGAUGACUCGAUUUCUUUGCAUCUAUCCUUUGGGGAUUCUAAGAGGACCUUUAAUUUGUCCUGUGCAUUUGAUUUAUCUGAAUAUGCUGUUGAGCCCUGUUCUCUGGGAAAGAAGGGUGUCGUUACGUUUUACUUCAACGCUUAG